AUGGAGUCGAGGGUUCCUUUGCUUCUGUACUUCAUGGUCACCAACCACCCCGAUGUGAAGCAGUACACGGAGCUGCUUUGCCACCAGGUAGAUCAGGCGAAUCGCCGCCUCAAGGGCGAAAAGUUCGGCGAUGUGUAUCAAGAAUUUGGCAAGGACGCAGGACUAGCGAUCAAGCUCGGCACGGUGGACUGCCUACAGGAGCCGGGGCUGAUGGCCAAGUUUCAAAUUGAUCCGCACAUGUUUCCCUUGAUCUACUUUGUGCGCAACAAGGUCUUCUGCGACAAGAUGAUCGGGGUUGUCAGCGAAUCGCACGUGAAGGAGGCCGUGGAGGCGUUUAUCGACUACGCCAAGCUGGAAUCCAAGAACGAGUCUGAGGGCCUCUCCUUAUUUCAAAAGAUAAGACGUCAGGACAAUGACGACGAGAACGCCAUGACCCUCAUUGCCGCGGCGCACGGCAAGAUGCAAGCCGGCGACCCUGCGAAAGGCAAACAACUCUUCGAAAAGGCACUUCGCAUGUCAAUGGAGGACAUUGAGGUCGUGAAGAAGCGCUACGGUGUUCCGAACAAGAAGAUGACGCCCGAGCUGUGGGCAAAGCUGAAGCGUGAGCCCUGCUACAACUCGGCUCCAGAGGCAUUGUGCGGGCUUGCGAUGUGCGCCAUGGCAUCCAAGCAGCGAGACGAGGCAUUUCGUCUCGCGGCGCGGGUGCGCGAGGAGUUCCCGUUUGCACCGCGGGACAUGCGCGGCGUCGCAGAGGCCGUUGUGCGCAUCGAGCUCAUUCAGGUAGUGGACUACGACCCCGACACGGACAACUACAUGCGGCUUCUUAAGUUCGACGAGCUCGUGAGCGAGCCCGCGCAGUUUUACAAGCAUCACUUGAAGCGCGCUGUCGCCUUUUACGUUGAGGGAGUGGCCGGGCAGGCGAUCGAGGAGUGCCUUCGCCUCAUCCGCGCGGAACCGAAGCUGCUAUCUGCGCUCAAGGAAGGCGGCAUUGUACCAAAGGAUCUCCGCCUAGGGCCCACGGCGGUCACACCCGCGCGGCAAGUCAUUCGAGGCAUCUUUGAAGCCCUGGGGCCUACCAAUGAGCAUGUGGAGAAGGGCCGUAAGCUGCUGCAGCUGUAUCUCUAG